CUGUUGUUGGGAAGAGGGAGUUGGUGAGUUUUGGUUUUGUGGGGGUGUUUGGGCUUGGUCCCGUCGAACAUCUCACAUCCGUCAAACUCCUUUCUAGCUGAUACUGAUUCCGACACCUAGUUCCUCCUAGUCGUCAUCUCAUGCAUUGGAUGGGUGACGAACCACUUUGUGGGCACCAAGUUCCCAAACCAGAGCGAUAUAUCAGCCGCUGUUGGGGCGUUUGCUGUGGGAUUGGUGAAUUGAUAUCAAACUUCACCACUCGCACCAAACUCACACGUACACAGAUCACAGGCAUACUCUUCCAACUUCCUUCAGGCCUAGGCAACGGCGGACUAUUCAACUUUGUUGUCGAUCAAACCACAGGGUCGAGCUCCUCCUACCAAAGCGGGUUCAAUACAGCGCUCCAGUUGAUCAGCACGAGUAUCGGGCUGACCGUGGGUCUCGGAAUCAGUUUGGUGCUCGUUCAUCCUGUCCAAAGCAGGAGGAGGGCUGCGGGGAUGUUUAGUUUGUAGAUGUGCGGGCGACGUUGAUUUUGGUGUUGGUAUGCGUACCCGCUCCCCGCAUUGCUACUUUCGUACGUUUGCCUGCAUCGUUCCUCGUUCAUGCUGAACUAGCAUUUUGCAUUCAAUGUCAACAUAGAUCUGAUAGACAUGUAGAUCUUCAUGCUCAUCCAUGCUUCCUAAAUUUAUCGCCUAAUUUUCUUUUAGAUCGAAACGCUCGUUCACUGUUCAUUUUUUUCCUACACGGACAUCGUCUUCAUUUUCAUUGUUUUCAUACAUUGUUUGUUUGUCUGCGCAUGUUCAUUUUCAUUCUCAUUUUGGUUGUCAAUCCAUUACACAAUGUAUAUACAUCAAACGCAAUAAACAUCGACGUUCGUUUUUAUGUCUUCGCUCGUUUGUCUGAGCACGUUCAUUUCCGUUUUCACUAAUAAUAUAUG